AUGGGCAAAAAAUUAAAAAUAACCAGAGUUACGUCAAAUCCUCAAAGGGCAAUAGUUAGAAGCACGGUGCGAGAAGAUGUGGAAGAGAGCCAAAAUUCUAAACCCAAGGAAUUUAAUCGUAUUAAAUACCGCCAAACCACGUUAGAUGGUAAAUUUGUGAAAGAGAAACCUUCAAAGCCAAAAACAAAAAAAAGCUAUGAAAUAGACCUAAGCGAAAAUGAGCAGAUAAUUAUUGAAUUAGAGACAGAUAGUAAAAAGAAAUGUUGCAAGUGUAAUGAGCCUGCAGUUAUGAGAACGAUCAGGCAUGGUCAAAAUUCAGGAAGAAGAUUCUGGGGCUGUAAAAAUUAUGGGGACAAGAAUUUUUGUGGCUUCUUUGAGUUUGAAGAAGAAUUCCUGGAAUAG